AUGCCCGUCGAAGUGAUCUCGCUCCUCUCGAGCUCCGAGGCGGGCUCCCCCCCGCUACCGAAAGCGAGUCAACCAUUACCACCGUCGGCAAGUGUUGCCAAGAUCACAACAUUCAGUUCUGACGACAUAUUUUCCCCUUUGCCCCCCGCUCGUCAAAACAACAACACAAAUAUUUCGAAGUCAAAUGACCGACCAAACGACCGAACUACCAUUGACGAUGUGUGGCUCAUCUCAGACGACGAGGGCAUUCCCUCCAAGGAUUCCCGCGGGCAAGAGGGCACAUCUAAUAAUGGGCCUUCCUCAAAAAGACGCCGCUUAAAUUGUUUCGAUGCGGAUAUCAGCAAUCCAGAUGGCCAGCCAAAACUAACCACAACAAUAGCCCCGCCUCAGGUACCCGGGCCCAGGCGCCAAAGCCCGACAGUCUUUCCUCGUUCAAACUUUGAACGGCCGGUUCCUCGACGAAACUGGCUUGACUCUGACCCAUUUGCAAGUUCUUCCCCUCGGGUGGCAGAGCAACCAUCCCCAAAGUCUAGCAAUCACGCUGCGGCGCUGCCGUCAAGCUACUUGGACGAUAAUCCCUUUGUUAGCUCCCCCGCCUUGCAAAGGAGGCCCCAGCCGCCUAAAGCCAGCGACCGGGCACCCAAAAUCGACGACAUUGAUCCUUUCGUUUCUAGCUCGCCAGCACGUGUCUCCGGUCCAGUCAAAGCGGCCCAAUCCGAAGUAGCAUGGGAUCCAAUUUCGAGCUCUGCUCCUCUUCGGACGGCGAACGAAAAUGAGCGCGGGAAGUCUCCACGGUGUUUUCGGAGGGCUCAAUCAGAAGUAAUCACGCUGGAUGAUUCUGAAACCGAGUGCGCAGCCCAGCCAUUCUCCGAUGAUGACUUGCCAGACAUCACCGAUCUGGCUGCCAUGAAGCAAAGGUUUACCAGACACGACCGCCUGCCUCAGGUAUCUACCACCGCUAAACGAGCACGGAAGCCAAAAUCAGCGGGGUCGAAGGCAGACUCAACUCAGCCAAAGAAGACUUCUUUGGAGAUAGCGAGGGAAAAGGAAGAAAAGAUCGCCGCCCGGGAGGCAGAAAAGGAACGCAAGAGGUUAGAGAAAGAACGCACUAAAGAAGAGAGAGCCCAGGAGAAAGUGAGGGCUGCUGCCCUGGCCGAAGUGAACAAGAUUCGAACAUACAAAAAGGUGGCCACGCCAGAAAUGAUCGUCGACCUCCCUACAACUCUCAACGAGUCCGUUAAACUACAAGCGGCCACCCUUCUCCGCGACCUUCAGGUUGAUUCCGCCACCUGGACAAGCCCCGUCGAUAAUGUAGUCAAAUGGCGCCGCAAAGUGAGCUCCCGGUACAACGACGAGCUAGGCCACUGGGAACCCGUCCCCGAGCGAAUUGACCGCGAAAAUUACGCCAUGGUGAUCGUUCCGGCAGCGCAAUUUAUCGAUCUCGUCCUCGGCGAGGAGGAUACCAGUCUCGAAUCUCAUGUCCUGCGUAUGAAACGCCACUUCCCAAACGACACUAUCAUCUACCUACUCGAAGGUUUGUCCCUCUGGUUCCGCAAGAACCGCAACGCCCGCAACAACCAAUACGUUUCUGCCGUACGCAACGGCCUCGACCCGGCCUUCGACACCUCCAACACCCAGCAGCAGCGCAAGCGCAAAAACGGCAACCCGCAAACCUACAUUGACGAAGAAGUUGUCGAGACCUCCCUCCUCCAGCUCCAAGUCCUCCACGGCGUGCUCAUCCACCACACCACAGUCUCCCUCGAGACGGCCCGCUGGAUCACCGUCUUCACGCAGCACAUCAGCACGGUGCCGUACCGCCGGCAGCGCGACGAGGCCAACGACGCCGGGUUUUGCAUGGACACCGGGCAGGUCAGGACGGGUGACGGGCCGCAUGACACGUACGUGCGUAUGCUGCAGGAGAUUGCCCGGGUUACCGCGCCCAUCGCGUAUGGCAUUGCGGCCGAGUUUGGGACCGUGGCUAAGUUGGUGAAGGGUUUGGAGGAAGGGGGCCCGCUGAGGUUGGAGAAGGUGCGUAAGAGCGUCAACAAGGAAGGGGAGGUGAGUGAGAGGACGGUUGGGCAGGCGGUUAGUAGGAGGAUGAGCAAGAUCUUUCUGGGGAGAGAUGAGACUAGCACGGAGAUCUAG